UCCACCGUCUUAUGCCCAGAGUCACAAUUAUACAUAUAAAAUUAUAUCUAAUUAUCUAAUUAUUAUAAUUAUUUUAUAACAUAUAAUUGGAGUUAAUUAGAGACCUGCCUGACAUAACAAUAAUAUUCUAGCGUGCAACUGUCUAAGGUUUGGCUAUCAAAGCUCCGACUGUGAGCAUGCAGGUGUGUCCCAUCAAACACUAUGCCCGUGUCCAAAUCCACGUCAUCAUCCCGCCCAACUACUACGUAAUCAACGCGCGACACGGACAGGCUGUCACUUUAUUAGCUGGCGUUAUUAGCUCUCGAACGAAUGGAGAACAAACUGGACAAGUCUUCAGGAGGAAGAAUACACACGACCUACCGAGUGAAAACGAGGUAGUAGACAGCCCUGAAGACGAGAAAUUCCCCAAACACACCGUACUGUCUGCCAUCACAGUAUAGCUCCAUUACAAUGAAGAUCCCAAAGCUGGCCUUCAUCUUCCUCCUGCUGGUCUGCCUUGUGGUCUACCUCACGUACGUGAAACGCCGCUUCGAGACCAGGAAAUUGUCCAAGCCGUUACUGGAGCAGCUUUCCAGAACAGCGCAGGUGGUCAGCGAAACGUUCCAGUACGGCAUUAUGUUUGACGCUGGAAGCACCGGGACACGGAUACACGUCUUCCAGUUUCAUCUGGAAUCCAGCGCGGCUCCUAAAUUGGGCUCCGAGACUUUUAAAGCAAUAAAACCAGGACUGUCUGCGUACGCCGACGAUCCGGAAAAGUGUAAAGCCGGACUGUUGGAGCUGUUGAAGGUGGCGGAGCAGACCAUACCUCCUGCUCAGUGGUCCUCCACCCCUCUGGCCCUGCGAGCCACAGCGGGACUCAGGCUGCUGCCGGGGGAGAAAGCGACACAACUCCUCGACAAGGCGAAGGAGGUGUUCGAGGCGUCUUCGUUCCCUCAUAGGCCUAACAGCGUGGCGAUCAUGGACGGUACUGAUGAAGGGGUCUCUGCUUGGAUCACCGUAAACUUUUUAUUAGGUGGUCUUCAUGGGUCUGAAGUUCCCACAGUGGGCAUGUUGGAUCUGGGAGGUGGCUCGACCCAGAUCACUUUCUCGCCACAGGAUGAGAAAACCAUCCAGACCUCCCCGAUCGACUAUGUGACGUCGUUUCAGAUGUUCAACAGUAGCCGCACCCUCUAUUCGCACAGCUACCUGGGACUCGGUUUGAUGUCCGCCAGACUGGCCGUGCUGGGAGGGGUUGAAGGACAGCCUGUAGGGGGCAGUCAGGAGCUGGUGAGUCCAUGUCUGGCGCCAGACUACACAGGAGAGUGGGAGCAUGCAGAGGUCACCUACACCCUAAAGGGCCAGAAAGCAGGAGAGCCCAUCUACGAGUCAUGCUUGAGCAAAGUGGAGAAGAUGAUCUACAAACGAGUGCAGAAAGCAGAAGAGGUGAAACGCAUGGAGUUCUAUGCAUUCUCGUAUUACUACGACCGUGCUGUGGACCUGGGCCUCAUCGAUGAGAAGUCCGGAGGCUCCCUUCGUGUAAGCAACUACAUAGAUGGUGCCAAAAAAGUGUGUAAGGACAUGGAGGCUGGUGCAGGAACAAACCCUUUCCUCUGUCUGGACCUCACCUACAUCUCAGUGCUGCUGCAGGAGCUCGGCUUCCCCCCGGACAAGGAGCUGAAGCUGGCCAGAAAAAUCAACGAGGUGGAGACGAGCUGGGCUUUAGGAGCCACCUUCUAUUACAUGGAAUCGCUCCACAGACAUUAACCAGGUCCAGUUCUCACACUCGAAAGACCCAAAAGACUUCAUAGGCUCGUACAACGUAAGACCUAAAGCCCCCCCGAUGACCUGAGAACGAACCAAGCGGCUGACGAGGAGAGUGCUGAUGUAGGAUCAGCUCAUUUCUUCCUGUUAAUCUGUUCAUGGACAUAAACCUGUAAAGGAACAGCUGAUCCUAGAUCAGCACUCGGUCUGGAAAUAUACAAAGAAGUAGCACUAGUGUUGCACUAGAUGCCAACUUUGUUUACAUACACACACACACACACACACACACACACACACACACACACACACACA